AUGAGCAGUUUUCUGUACUUCAUCCUCCCAGCUCUGGGUGGAUACACUCUCACCUCGGUGUACCUGCUGAAGAACCCCCACAUUCUCCACAGGAGGAAACGCACUGCUUUUUACUGCACACACAUCUCACACAGAGGAGGAUGUGGAGAGAGGAUAGAGAGCACGAUGGAUGCGUUCACAAAUGCGGUGGAGAAGGGCACACAGAUGCUGGAGAUGGACUGUCACUUGACACGCGACGGACAUGUGGUUGUGUCACAUGAUGAGAAUCUGCUGAGGCAGACCGGCCACGAUGUCACCGUCUCAUCACUCAACCUACAGGAUUUGCCUCUGUAUAAAGAGAGACUAGAGGUGACAUUUUAUGCAGGUCGCUACAGCAACGGUCCAGACAGGAAGUUUGCUCUGCUGGAGGAUGUGUUCAGGAAGUUCCCUAAGUUGCCUGUCAGUGUUGAGAUCAAAGAAAACAACAAGCAGCUGAUGGAAAAGGUGUCGGACUUGGUUAGAUGCUACAACAGGGAGGAGAUCACUGUCUGGGCCUCUGUGGACUCCGCCAUUAUGAUGGAAUGCCGCAGAACGAACGACUCCAUGCCGUACAGUUUCACUAUGAACCGAGGUGUGCUGCUUCUGCUUCUCUUCUACAGCGGCCUGCUGCCCUUUGUGCCCCUGGGAGAGAGUUUACUGCAGUUCUACCUGCCGCGCAUCAUCAACAGGACGUACAUUCCUGAGGAGGGCAUCCUGAGGAACAAGCUGGUCAUCUCUUUGUUAGAAAAAGUAACUAUGAGGAAGAGUCUUUUUAAACACCUCGCAGCCCGUGGAAUUCAGGUGCAUUUGUUUGUGUGCAAUGAAGAUGAAGACAUAAAGGCUGCAUUUGAAGUCGGGGCCACAGGGGUAAUGAGUGACUACCCUUCUCUUCUGUCAAGCUACCUCUGCAGAAACAGAAAUCAGGAUUGACCCCAAACACAUCCUCACAAUUCAUAACUGGCAGCUUUCUUAUGGAUGAAAAAGUGUGAAGAAGAAGUGUGAAAACCGUU